ACAGCACAAUGAAGGCCGGCCGCUGAACAGCACAGAUUCACCGCAUAGAAGUCGUGGAGUUAUUGUAAGUAUGGGAGCCCAUGUAUCUCGACAUGUAGAUAUUCCCGGAAUGAAACGGCACGACAACACUGCCAUGGGUGUGGCACGGAUUCGUUGGAUGGAACAUGCUCGGAAGCCUGAAGCUAGCAGACUCUUUGAAGACCCGUACGCCAAAUACUUUAGCAUUGGUCAUCCUUUUUUGGAAUGGUUGGGGAGCGACUAUGUGGUUUGUAAAGUAAAUCAGAGAUAUCCUGGAUUGAUCAGCAUGGUCGUGGCUCGAACGGCAUUUCUAGAUCAUGUCUGUCAUCAAGCUAUUACUGAUCAUGCGUGUACCCAAAUGAUCAUUCUCGGGGCGGGAUAUGAUACCCGUGCCAUUCGACUAUUCCACAAUAACAGCAACAACAACAGUACCAAAAUACACUGCUUUGAAGUGGAUCAACCAAAAGUCCAGAAACUCAAAAAACUAGGAUUGCAAAGCCUUCCCAUCCAGAAAGGGGAACUAUCUCACGUACACUUGAUUUCCGUAGAUUUCAACUCCAACGAAUCACUCCAAGACAAACUCGAAGCGCACCCACAGUUUCAAAGAGGGGCCAAGACCAUCAUACUUCUGGAAGGCGUCACCUACUAUAUUCCCAAAAAGUCUACUGCCGAGACAUUGAAACAACUGCAAUCCAUGGUCGGAAAAGGAUCCAUUUUAGGAGUCAGCUACGUCCAUCAAGCUGUAUUACAGAAAAAGUCAGAGCUGUCAUGGAUACAAGAGGGCAUCUGUGCCGAUCCACAAGACGUGGCACGGGUAGUAGCUCGGGUGCGUCGAGGGGGAGAACCAUGGAUUUCCGGGUGGACACCAGAAGAAUUUACCAAGUUUCUCAAGAAGGAUCAUGGAUUUGUCGUUCUGGAGGAUGUCACGGUUUCGGAUCUCGAGUCAAGGUACUUUGAACCAUUGGGGAGAACGGCACGGCCCUUUUUGUGCGCCGAGCGCUUUGUCAUGGCCCAAAAGGCGUGA